AUGCAUUAAACAAAUUCGAUAAGGACAGUUAACUAGUAUUCUCAUGCAAUCCAAUUAGUUAAUUCUUUGUAUUUGAGAGGAGGUGGUUGUACUAUUUCGCCAAAAUAAUUGAAAUAUCCAGAAAAAAUUUAACAUUAAUUGCCUGAAAAUUUUUUGAUUAAUAUUUAGGUGUAAAUAAAAAAUAUAUCUGAAAAAUCAUAUUCCUUUUCAGAUAAAAUGAGUUAGGAUGAUGUACUUUCAGCAUUUUAAUGGUUCUUUAAUAAUAAAGAAUAUUUUUAAAUUAUUUGUAACGAUGAUUUAAUUAAUUCUCAAUGUUAUGAUCAAAUAGAAAAAGGAGUAGCAAUAUUAAUGAAAUAGCUGAUUGUUUACAUUAAAUUAUCAGGAUAUUUGUUUUAUUCUUUACUUUAGAUUAUCAAUGAUUUUUUCAAAAUAAUUUUCUCUUAUUAAUUAAAAAAUGAAGAUCGCUAUAUUUAAGAAGAAUUUAAGUAAAUUUUAUUAGAAAUUAUUUCUGAAAUUGAAUCUCAAAUAAAAUUAGAAGUGACAAACAUUUGGAAAACUGGAGUUGAAUAUGAACUCUAGUUAACUAAAAUAUGUAUAGCUCAUCUUAAAACUAAUUCUGAGAAAGGUCAAUAAUUAAUAAUAUCAAUUUUAUGUGGAGUUGCCUAAUCCAUUUCUUCAUUAAAACCUAGUAGUGAACUUAUAGAUUCUUUAAUUGAAGGUGGUAAAUUUUUAUUACUUAAUUUUUAUGAUAAACAAAUUAAAAAUCCACUUAAAAAAUAUGAAGUCUAUUAUUUUUUUGAGAAUCUUAAAUGGUCAAUAAUAUCCUAAUUGAAAUUAGGAUAUUCUGUUCAAAAAAUAAUCUAUCAACUUAAAUAGGGUUUUUGUUAAUAUAUUAAACCAUCAUAAGAUUGGAUGAUACAUUACUGCUGGAUAAAUUUAUUAACAGAUCUAAUAUCAUAUCGACUAAUUAUUAAAAAAAGUGAAUUUUAAUCAAAUAAUCAAGAAAACUGGAUAUAAUUAGUUGCUUAAAACUAAAUUUAAUUAUUGCCUUAUGAUAAGAAUUAAGCUAAGGUUUCAUUUUUUUCUAAUAAUGAAAACUAUAAUCUAUUAAAGAUUGCAUAAUUUCGAAUAUUAUAAGAGUUUUUAUUAAAUCAUUAAAAUGAUAUUUUGUUGCUGCCUUCAUAUGUUGAAUUUAAAUUAGACAAUCAGAUAAAAGCACCAUUAAACAAUAAAGAUGUAAAAUUAUAAUUAUUAUGUAAUGAGUCUAACUUAGAAAUUAUAUAUGUCUUAAAUGAAAACCUAAAAUCAUACUCCAAAAAUAUAUAACAUCUUUUUGAAGAUAUCGAUUAAGAAUUAAGUACUUUCAAACCUUGUAAAAAUAAAGAACCAUAGAGUAAACUUAUGAUAGCAGAAAAAAUUUAUUAUUCAAUUAAGUCAAUAAAAAAAAUAGGGUAAUCAUGCUUAUAUAAUUUAUUUGAACUUGAAAUUUGUUUAAACUAAUAAAGAGAACUAUUGAAGAUAAUUUCAAAUAUUUUAAAUUAAAAUAAAUAACAUUUCUAAACUACAACAUUAAAAUUAUACACUUCUUUGAUCUCAUCUAUAAGCAAAAUUGAAUAGAAAUAUCAAGAAAUUUUUCUUGGAAAUGUUAAUUAAAUUCUUAAAUUUUGGGUAUAAAUCUGUCAUACAAAAUCUAUACUAAAAGAUAGACUUCAUGAAUAAAAUUUAACAUAGAUGCAAAUUACAAAAGAAGAAAAUAAAUAUGAUGAAAAAAAGUUUAUUGAAUCCUCUCUCGCUAUUAUCAAAUUUUUAGAUUGGGUAUUUAAUGAAUUAUAAAAAUUAAAAACAAAUUCUUUGAAUAUAUUAAAGUCAAAUGAAAUUAAGGAGUUUUUAAAUGAAAAAAUUUCCAUGUCUAAUUAUAGUUAAAAAAUUAUAAAUGUAUAUGACAUUUAUCUAAUUAAAGCUUUAGUGAAUGAAUUAGAUGAGUACUAUUCUAAAAAUUGGAAUAAAAAGGAAUAACUAUUUCAAGUGUUUGAAGAUUUUAGUAAUAGUUUUAUUGGCUGUAAUUUCAUCGUAUCAGUUUUGAAAUGUUUUAGAAAUCUUCUUAAUCUUCAAAAAAGAAAAAUUAACACUUUUACUAGAUAACAAAAAUAUUCUUCUGUGAAUUAAAAUUUCGAAGAAAAUUUACAAACUUCGAACAAUAUUGAUAUUCUAAGUACUAUAAAACUUAUGAUAACAUAAUAAAAAGAUUUUCUAAUUAACCUAUCCAAUAAAUUCAAAAAUUAAAAAUUUAAUGAAGAACAUGCAAAGGCUUUGUAAAAUGCAGCAAAAGAAAUUUAAAUGUGUAUAAAAUUAAUUUAAAAUUAAAAUUGCUCGUAGGAUUUAAAAACCAAAUAUAUUUCAUUUUUCUUUGAAACCGAAAAUAAGAUAUUAACUGGCGAAUUACUUAAAUUGAAUUUUGAAAUAGUAGUGCAAGAAAUAAUUUAAAUAUUUGAUAGUCAAUUAGAUAAAAUGAAUCUCAGAUAAGAAAUAGAGGGUUAAGAAAUAAUGAAUUAAGUUAAUGCCGAUUUAUCCAAAAUAAAUAAAGAAAAUACUAAUCUUAUAUUUAAUCAAGAAGAUCUAUUUAAUUCUGAAUAACUAAUAUUUGAUAUUUCAGAGCUUAUAAUAAAAUCAUAAAAAUUUUAAAGCAUAAUUUAAAAACGAAUGUCAAACAUCCAUUUAAAUUAAUUUAAAUCUCUAUAAGAAACAUUAGGGAAUUCAUUAAUCAUAAAUUAUAUCAAAAUCUAAUUAGAUAUACAACUAGAUUUGAAUUAAUGUUGUAGAAAGUUUUUGUUAUUCUUACAAACUAUUUUUGAUUAAGAAAAAUUAAAGAGUUUCUCCAUAUAAGAAACAAUUCAUUAAAUUGAAGCUCUUUAAAUAAUUUUUAAUAAUAAUAAUUUAUUUAAUGAAUAGAUAAUAGAAAAUUCAGACUAAGGAGAUUUUGAUGAUAAAAGAUAUAUAUCUUUUUUCAGGGAAUUAUAGAAAAACUUUUAGAAUAGCGAAGAAAAUGAAAUUUUUGAAAUCUUUUAGGAUUCUUCAAAUAAAGUUAGAGAAUCUUUAGCAUUUAAUUUGAUUAAAUUGCAAUCAAUUGUGAAUGAGGAUAAAAUUUAAGAAUUUUGUUCAAAUUUGUUGAAAUAGCUUUGGAUGAUCGAAAAAUAAGCUAGUGUUAGAAACAUUUUAAAAAAUAAAGAAAUGAUAGAAAUGCAAAAAAAAUUAUUUUCUAGGAAUCUUACAACUUUUUCAAAUUAAUUAAAAACUGAGAUGCAAAAAAGAUUAAAAAAAUUAGAAUAGUUAGAAACAUUGGUUCUGUUAAGUGAUAAUUAAACAGAAACAAAAAAUUAACUUUAAUAAGCUUAUGAUGAUUUUGAAAUUUAUCUUGAUAAUAUCACAGAGAUGUCACAUAAAAUGGAUAUUAGUUUAAUUUUUUUAAGAGAAAUAAGUAAAGAUUUGAAAACAAUAAAAAGUUCAAUUAAUUAAAUUCUUCAAAGUGUAAAAGGAAUUGAAGAUGAUGUAAGAAAGCUUAGAGGAAAAGAUUAUUUUGAAUUAUUACUUAUCCGUAAAGAUAAAGUAUUGAAAUAUAAAUAAUAAGCUGAAUUAGAUUAGGUACAUAUUUAAUUUACAACAUAAGAAUAUGAUCCUUCUUCAGGCUAAAAAAUAGAAAAUAAAAAUGGAGCGAUAUUUUCAUAUUUAAUAAAAAAUCACUAUAAUGAUUUUGAAGGAGAAAUAAAUGAAUUUAUAUGGAAAGAAGAAGAAAAAAAUAAAGAUGUAAUGCUUUUAAAAGGUAAAGCAGGUUCUGGUAAAAGUAGAGCUUCAAGGAAUAUUGAAGAAUUCUUAUGGAUGAAUGAUUAUAUUUAACCUAAUUGGAUUCCUAUUUAUAUUUCACUUCCAUAAUUAAAUGAUCCUAGACAUAAUUUAAUUGAUUAAGCAUUAGAAUCCUCAAAUUAUAAUUUUGAUAAAAUUUAGAUUAGAGAAUUCAAAGAAGCGGUAAUUAAUGGUAAAAUAAAAAUUGUUUUAAUUUUGGAAAGUUAUGAUGAGAUGAAGUUUGAAUAUAUUUAGACUAAUUUAUUUUAUAGUAAUCGACUUAAUUAAGAAUUAAAUAUCUUAAUACCUGGAAAAGAUGUCAAAAUAAUAAUUACUACAAGAAAUGAGAUUUUAACGUCAAUUGGAUAUUAAACAUGGUUUUAUGGAUAAAAUAUUAAAACUUUAAAAGAAGUUGAAUUACUUUUAUUUACUACAGAAUAGAGUGCUGAAUAUCUUAAAUAAUAUACUGAAAUAAGUGUAAAAAGAACAAUUAAGCAAUUUUAUGAAUUUUUGAAAUAAUUAAAAAAUUAGAAUUUUUGCUUAGAUGAAUUUAAAACAAUAUGGAAUCAAAUUUAUUCUAGUGUUUAAGGAAUAAUAAAUUAGAGUAAAAAUUAAGAAAUGAUUUUUAAAAUUGAAGAUGUAGAAAAAUUGAUAUCAAAACUUUAAAAAAUAGAAUUUUUUAGUUAUAUAAAAGGAGAUCAAAUGGUAUCUUUGAAAAAGGAACUUCUUGAAUUAUGGGGACAUGAAAAAUUUACAUAAGUAAUUAGGAAUGUUAAUAUUAAUCAUUUAUUAAGCACACCUUUUAUGAUGGAAAUAAUUGUUUAUGUACUUCCUAAAAUGUCUUUAAUAUUUUCUGAAGCAAAUUUCUUAAGAGAACUUUUGAAAAAAAAUUAUAUGUUUUUGAAAAUGGAAGCCUUCAAAUCAGAAUCAAGAACUAUUAAAUAUGAAUAAUAAUAAAAAAAAUUAGAAAAUAUUGAUGAUAUUGAAAAUUAACAAUAAAAAAUUUAAGAUAUACAGAACCCAAUAAUAGUUAUAUAAAAUAUUUAAAAUUAAUUUGAAAUGCUUGUAGAAGAAUUAGAGGGUUAAAAUUUUUUUGAAUUUUAUUCUAUUGCUCAUUAAAUUGAUUUUUAUGAACAUACUAAAAUUUUAACGGGAAAAACAUUUAAUGUUACUAAGGAUGCAAAAUUUAUUGUUACAGCAUUCAAAAUGAAUUAAUUUACUGCAUAUGAUUUUUAUGAAACAUUUGUAAACUUUUAUCAUACAUUACAAUUAUAAAAAUGGAAGGAUUUAGGCAAAAUAAUAAAUUAUGAGAGUAGUUUAAUAGAUUUAAAUGAAUUUUCUUUAUAUUUAGCGAUUGAUAUGACGCUUAAUUAAAAGACAUAAGUUAAUUAUGUAUAAAAAGGGAAAUUAUGUAUAUAAUCAACUCAAGAUGAUGAGGGAAAAGUAAAUGCCACUUGGGAAGAAUAUUAUUUCGAUGAAAAUAAUGAUGAAUAACAAUAUAAAAGUUUAUUACGGAAAUGUAUGUUGAUUAAUGCAAAAGGCAAUGUUUAUUCUUUUAACCAUAAAUCGAUACAGGAAUUUUUAGUUGCUAAAUAUAUACUAACAUUUUUACAAAAGAUUACUCAUCCGGAAUCAAUAACAAUAUUUUUGGAAAUCUUAAGAAAAAAUAAAUUCAAUAAAACUCAAUUUAACAUUUCAUUAGACCACUUUUCUGGUACAUUAGAAUUAUUGAUACCUAAACUAAAGUAGAUAACUAAUUUAAAACAUUUUCUUAUUUAAAUAAUAUAGGCUACUUCAGAAAAAGAAGAAAAAAAAUAUAAUUUAACACCAAUAGCUUCAAAUGCCAUUUAUUUAUUGAGUAUACUUGGUGAAAAUUUAGAUAAUAUAAACUUAAGCAAUAUAUGUAUUUCUAACACAAAAUUAAAUGGACUUAACUUCUUUUAAAGUAAUUUAAGUUAAUCAAAAUUUGAUAAUGUUUCAAUAGAGAUGUGUAAUUUUAAUUGUACUAGUAUUGAAAAUGCAGAAUGGAAUAAUUUAAUAUGUAAAGAUAAACCUUAACUUAAUGGUCAUACUUAAUUAAUUACUAGUAUAGUUUUUACAAAGGAUGGUAAAUAUUUAAUAUCAGGAAGUGAAGAUAAUACUCUUAGAAAAUGGGAAGUUUAUGGAGAUAAAAUGAUGAUUUCUUAAUUUAUAAAAGAGAAAGUUCGUUCAAUUUUUAUACCUAGAGAUUAAGACGUUUUAACAUGUUUAACUGAUGAAACAAUUUAUUUAUUAAAUCUUUAGGAUUUAAGUUUAAUUAGAUAAUUGCCACUAAUAAAUUAUAAUUAUUAGAAUAUGCUUUUCGCUUCUGAUUUGAGUUAUGUUGCGAUUUAAAAUGAUUCUAAUAAAAUCUCAAUAUUUGAAAUGAAAAGUUUAGAUUAGAAUUUAAAAUAUUAGAAUCACAUAUCUUAAUUUAAAAUUUAAAUCUAUAUUAAGUGCAUAGCAGUGAAUUCUACUUUUAAAAUACUUGCUACUGGAGGUAAGAAACUUCACUUAUGGAAAAUUAAUGGUUUAUCUGAUAUUGAAGAGAUGGCUGUUAUAGAUAAACAUGUUAUAACAUUAGCUUUUUCACCUAAUGAAUAAGUACUUGCAACAGCCGAUUAUUAUAAGAUAUAUUUUUGGAAUGUGUAAAAUCUUAAAUAAAUUGAACUAUUAUUUUCAAUUUCUUCUAUUUAUUCAAUUAGCAGAGUUGAAUAUUCUAAAAAUGGAAAAUAUUUUGCCUUUAGUAAUGAAAAAUAGUUAAAAUUAUAUUAAUCUGAAAAUAUUAUGUAAUAAUAAGAUUAUUUUGAUUUUUAAGUGUUUAAUUAAAAUACUGAUAGCUAAAUUAGUGCAAUAGAAAUAUUUCCUGAUUGUAAAAAGUUAAUAAUAAAUAGUUUUAAGGAGUAAUCAAUAAUCAGCAUAUGGGAUAUACAAGAUUUGUCAUAAAUUUAUUAAAUCACAACUCUGCCUGAAAUUUCUAUGAAAAUUAUAAAAUUAAAAUUGAGUGCAAAUGGCAAAAUAUUAUUAUCAGUAUGUAAUGCUGGAUCAAUAAUAAUUUGGGAUUUAGAAGAUUCUAAAAUCUUAAGCACAAUUAAGACACAAUAAGAAAUUUACAGUAUUACUAUUGCUACUGAUUUAUAAUUAUUUGCAACAAGUAAUAAUGAUAAAACAAUAAUUAUAUGGGAUAUUUCAAAUAAAUCUUAGCCAUAAAAUGUUUUUACUUUUAAUUUAUAAGAGAACUGGGGAAUUGCUGAAAUCUGUCCAUUUUCUAAUAUAUUAGUUUCAUUUAAUAAUUAUUAUGCCUUUAAAUUAGGUAUAUAACUUUGGGAUAUAAAUAAGAAAAUCAAGAUUUCUACUCUUCUUGAGAAUGAAUUCUUGUAGAGUCUUUGUUUUGAUAAUGAAGGUGUAUUUAUGGCAACUUUUACACAAUGUUUAACAAUUUGGGAAAGAAAUGAUUAAACAUUUUAAAAGUAAAGGUCUUUUAAAUUUGAAUGUAAUUAUAUAAAGCAAUGUAUUUUUAAAAAUACAGAAAAUUUAUUGAUAUAUAAAAGCGACGAUUCCAAUAUAAUAGAAAUUUCUUUAACUAAUUAAGAAAAAAUUGUAUAAAAUGUUAAAUCUCAAAUAUAAAUCUAUAGUGACCGAAUAAUUAUUCAUUAGAAAUUUAUUGUAUUAUUUUCAUCUAAUGUAGUUGGGAUAUAGUUAAUUGAUAACCUUAAUCAUUUUGAAAAAUGUGAAAGCAGUAAUGUUAAGGGUUAUUGUUUUUCACAUAAUUCUGAAUACUUGGCAAUAUCACUUUAUCCUGAAUAAACUUAUUUAUAAUUGAUAAAUAAAAAUUAAAAGAUAUUGAUUAAUAAUAUAUUAUCUGAAUUCAUCUAAUUUAACUAAAAUGACUUAUUGUUAAUACUUUAUCAUUAAGAUACCAGUAACAUUAUUAUAUAUAAUAUUGAGGAUAUUGAAAAAAUAUAUUAAAUUGCGAAUAUUUAAUUGCCUUACAAACCUAUAUAAAUUUGUUUUUUAAAUUAAACUUAAUAAAUUAUGGUUCUUAAUGAACAUUUUAUAACAUUGCAUGAUAUAAAUAAUUUAUCAGUUUCCAAGAUUUGUUAAUUAAGCAAAGCAAAAUAAAAAUAAUCAAAUUUAAUUAUAACUCCAAAUGAAGAAUAUUUUGGUUUUGUAUUAGAUGAUUAAAUUUGUUUUUAAUCCCUUUUCAACUACAUUGAAAUGACAUAUUACUAAAAAUUUAACAAUAAAAUUUUAUACAAUAGCUUUUCAGCUGAUAAUAAACUAUUUUAUAUAAUUGAUUAAAAAUCAAAUUUUAUUCAAAUAGAUCUAAAUUCUAAAAAAAAAAUAGAAGAUAAUUUAGAAUUUGGAUAUAUUAAUAUCUUAACCCUUAACUGGUAAGGGACUGAGGCUAUUUUUAAUCGUUCUAAUUCAUAAUUAGAAUCCAAUAAACUAUUAUUAGCUGAUAUAAAAGCAAAGAAGGAAGUAUAAAUUAUUGAGAAUAUCCAUAUAGAUAUUGAAUAUAGAAAAAUAAUAUUUUCUGCAGAUGAAAAGAAUUUUAUGACAGGAUACUAAGAUUAAACAAUUAAAUAUUGGGAUAAAAAGUCUUGUAAGCUCCUAUAUUUAUUCAAAAGCAACAAAUAAAUAUAAUAGAUAUAACUUUCAUCAUAAGGAAUCCUGGCUUAAACAGGUUAAGAUAAAAUAUUGCUAUGGAAUCUAAAAGUUGUUAAAUAAGAGAAAGUUUAAAUGGAUGGACAUUCUAAAUAAAUAACAAUACUCUUAAUUUCACCUGAUGGCCUAUAAUUGAUUGCUCGUUCUGAUGAUCUCUUAAGUCGAUGGGAUUUAUUAGAAAUGAAAAGACUAAAUUUUGAAAUUAAUGAAUCAAAAAUUCCAUAUAAAUUUUGUUUCUCAUAAGAUAGUCANUAGUUGGGAUAUAGUUAAUUGAUAACCUUAAUCAUUUUGAAAAAUGUGAAAGCAGUAAUGUUAAGGGUUAUUGUUUUUCACAUAAUUCUGAAUACUUGGCAAUAUCACUUUAUCCUGAAUAAACUUAUUUAUAAUUGA